AUGGUUAACAUGAAGUGGACAGAUCAAUAUCCGAAUUCUGAAGCUGUUUUUCUCCCUGAAGGUAUCUUUGAUCACAGUCCCAUUCUUAUUUCCUUUUAUUUGGCUGUGGAAAUUGGUAAGCAACCAUUCAGGUAUUUCAGAAUGUGGAAGGAAGCUUCAUCAUAUGCAACUAAAGUUAGCACUAACUGGAAUAAAGUAGUUUCGGGUACUGAAAUGUAUAAAUUAGUCCUGAAGUUAAAGAGGCUUAAACAGGUAUUCCGAGAAAUAAAUAGAGAAGGAUAUCAUGAUAUUCACAAGGCUGAAGUUCAAGCUAAGCUUUACAUGCUGGAAAUUCAAAAAAGCUUGCAUCAAGAUCCUCUCAAUGAGUCUUUAAUUCAACAGGAGGCAUUGGCUAGGGAAGAGUUUACACGAUUAAAUAGAGCAUACCUGUUAUUCUUAGCACAGAAAGCAAAAACCAGGUGGGUGAUGAAUGGGGAUGAAAAUACUGCUAUUUUUCAUGCCUCAUUGAAAGCUAGAAGGAUUCAAAAUCGCAUUUACUCUAUACACACUGAACAAGGCACCGGGGUGGAUAUAGUAGAUGGUGUACAAAGAGCAUUUUUAGACUAUUAUCAGAAUUUAUUGGGGACUCAAUUGCAAACUCAAGAAGUUAAAGAGGCAUUAUUCUGCAUUCCAAGUCUAAAGGCUCCUGGUCCUGAUGGAUAUAGCAGUUUUUUUUAUCAGGAUAACUGGGAAUUAGUAGGUCCUGAGGUGUGUGCGGCUGUUUUAGAUUUCCUAACCACAGGGAAACUACUUAAAGAGAUUAAUGCUACAACCAUCACACUCAUUCCAAAAAUCAAAUGUCCGGCCAAAGUGAAUGAUUUCCGGCCAAUCUCCUGA